AUGCUCAUGCUCGGAGAAUGUGAGAAACUCCUCGGUGAUGGUCUACUCCGCUUGCCCAAGAAACACAACUACCGCUAUGGCCCGGCGGCCGAAAGGGAUCUGCUAGAGCUUCUGUUCCGGUCGCUCGUGGGGCAUAACCAGGAGCUUAUACAACAUCUCUUCCCAGAGGGUACUCCCACGGGGCCUUGGAAGCUUGCCGAGGCUCAAGGCGCUCGCGAAGGUGCCGAGUACAGUGAGGCGGCGCGGGGCAAGCGAUGCGGUCAUAUCUUUCGAGCUGGCGAGGCCACAUACCGAUGUGUGACCUGCGCUGCGGAUGACACCUGCGUGCUGUGCAGUCGGUGCUUCGAUUCGUCCGAUCAUACCGGCCAUCAAUAUCAGAUCUCGUUAUCGUCUGGGAACUGUGGUUGCUGUGACUGUGGUGACGAUGAGGCAUGGCGGCUGCCGCUCUUCUGCGCUAUUCACACGGACAGUGGCAACGCCAAAGGCAAGGAGCGUGCGAAGCGUGCAUUGCCGUUUGAGCUUGUGAACUCGAUUCGCCUGACCAUCGCGCGUGUACUCGACUAUUUCUGUGAUGUCAUCUCCUGCUCUCCAGAGCAAUUGCGGCUACCGAAGACUGUUGAGGGCAUCAGAGAAGACGAGGUGGCAUCUCGGUUGCGUCCAGACUGGUAUGGCGCUGGUGAUGAUGAGGAAGAAGAGCCUGAGUUUGCCGUCAUGUUGUGGAACGACGAGAAGCAUACCAUUCGAGAUGUUUCCAACCAGGUUUCGCGUGCUUGCCGUGAACGAGAAAGCUAUGGUAUGGCCCGGGCUCAUGAAACAAAUGAUAUUGGUCGCAGUGUGAUCAAAUAUUCCAAGGACCUGCAAAGGCUACUUACCGUUUCCAAGAUCAUUGAGGAAAUCAAAGUCACUGUCACGGUGCGGUCUGCGCGCGACACAUUCCGCGAGCAGAUGUGCGCAACUAUCGUGGAGUGGCUGGCUGAUAUUGCUGGUUGCGAGAUCCUCGAAGACAACGAGAUCUUCCGACAGAUCAUCUGCGAGGAAAUGCUCACUCCUUGGAACAAGGGUAGCAGCGGCUCAAAUGAGGAUAUUGGCAUGAAGGGCAUUGACGACCACCAGAGAAGUGAGAACGGCCCAGGCCGCACGCUCAUGAUCAACUUGCCUGCUCAUGGUCAGGUGAUCUUGACUGCAGACGAUGACGACGAAGACGAGGAUGAUGAUGGACUAGACCAGGAUGCAGAGGAUGAGGAGGAUGAGGCUUAUGUCCAAGCUGAGGAUGCGGACGAUGAGGACGACGACGAAAUGGAGAUCGAGCUGUCUCGCCUGCAGGCCGAGCAAGACACAGAUGCCAUGGACUUGGCGGAUGCAGAUGAGGAGCUUGCCCUGGCUGAGCGUAUUCUUGCUGGACUUACUCGCGCGCAACCGCCGUCUCCUCGCCCACCUCGCGCUGAAACUGUUGAGCGGGAAUCUGUUGAGCCCGAGCAAUCCAGACUAACUCCCUCCCGCGAUACAAAUGCCAGGGGCCCUAGUUCCGGCGGCUACAUCUCCAUUCCUCGAACUCCUGGUUUGAUCAGGAGAAGCCCGGCAAAAGUAGAUAGUCACUGGCAAGUCCAGCCACCCAUGCCUACUGCAGGCGAGAAGGUGCCCCCAUACGAAGACUUGUGGCAGCGUACUCGCUUGGACUGGCUGGUGCUUUAUGAUCUGAGACUGUGGAAGAAGACACGUACCGACUUGCGUGAUCUCUACAUUAGUACCGUUGUCAAUGUUCCCCAAUUCAAGCGCAUCAUGGGUCUGCGUUUGUCUGCGUUGUACACAGCAUUGGCGCAGCUUUACCUCGUUGCAGACCGAGAGCCAGACCACUCAAUUGUCAACCUCUCUCUACAACUUCUCACAACUCCUUCCAUCACCGAAGAGAUUGUGCUACGAGGAAACUUCCUCACAAAAGUCAUGUCUAUUCUCUACACUUUCUUGACAACGAGACAAGUUAGUGAACCAACAGCCGUCAAUCCCAAUGCAACCUUGGCCUUUGAUGCUGGCUCAGUCACGAACAGACGUCUUUACCACUUCUUCCUCGACCUUCGAUACCUCCUCCAAUCCGAAUAUGUCCAGCACCGCGUGCGGACCGAAGAGCAAUAUCUUCCCCAAUUCCUCGAUCUCGUCAAACUAUCACAAGGCAUUUGCCCCAACGUGCGCGCUGUUGGUGAGCACGUUGAGUACGAAACAGACGCUUGGAUCAGUGCUUCCAUUCUCAUGCGCGAGAUCAACCGACUUUGUCGUAUCUUCUGCGAAUCCUUCCGCAACCCCGACAACGACCAUGAUGAAAACCUACUGAGGGCAAUCAAAACUACAACUUAUACUGCCAUUCUUCAUUCAGUUGGCAUGGAGCGCAAGAGGUUCGAUCAGGCUGAGAUCAAGGAGGAGGUGAAAUUCAGAUCGCUGCCGCCUUUUGACUUUGAAGUUGGCGCCUCUGGUCAAGUUCUCUGCCACCGAGUUGUUGAAUUUGUCGUUGAGCGUGGGUCAAUCAGUUUCCACCACGCACUUCACUACACUCUGUCCUGGCUUGUUGAAUGUGGGCGCAACAUCAGCACUGCUACCAUGCGCAGCGUUCUCUUUGAUGCUGCUCAGAUAGCGAGGGCUGCGAUUCAAGACGCCAAGGCGAAUGAUCAAAACAGCGUUGACGACCAGUUGCUUUCCCUUGGAACUGAGGACCUGCUUCUGGCUAUGUUCGAUUACCCGCUCCGGGUAUGCGCCUGGCUUGCGCAGAUGAAGGCUGGCAUGUGGGUUCGAAACGGUCUCAGUCUUCGUCACCAAAUGUCCCAAUACCGCGGGGUCUCUUCCCGUGACUUUGCGUACUACAGAGACAUCUUCCUUCUCCAGACCGCGAUGGUGACUUGUGAUCCUAGCAGAGUCCUUGCUUCUAUUGCACACCGGUUUGGAAUGGUCGAUUGGAUGGCCCGGAACUACACUCCUCGUCCUGGCUAUGAGGAUUCCCAGAUUGUGGAUGUGGCAGAGGAAUUUGUUCAUCUGCUGGUGAUCAUUUUAACGGAUCGGACAUCUUUGACAGCUAUCGAUGAUAGCACUCACGUCACCAACGAAAACAUCAAACGGGACAUUGCUCAUGUUUUGUGCUUUAAGCCCCUUUCUUUCUCGGAUCUCUCUACCCGUCUCAGUGACAAGCUUUUGGACUCGGAUAUGUUCCAAGAUGUGCUGGAAGAAGUCGCCAACUUCCGCCCGCCAGAGGGCUUGAGUGAUUCUGGUACUUUCGAGUUGAAGCCCGAGAACCUCGACCUCAUUGACCCAUACAGUGCUCACUACACAAAGAACCAAAGAGACGAAGCAGAGAACAUCUACAAAGAAUGGAUGGCCAAGAAAACAGGAAAGAACGCAUCUGAUAUUGUCUAUGAGCCGAAGCUCCGGUCCAUCAGUUCCGGCGUUUUUUCUGACCUUCCUCGCUUUGUUGGUACUAUGCUGUUUGCGCAGAUCGUACACCAAUGUCUGGAAUAUGUCAUCUCAUCGAAGGAGUGUACACCAAGCAUUCCCCCAACACGUGUUGAGACUUUCCUUCAAGUGAUCUUGCAUCUUAUCCUUGCCGCAGUGUUGGAAGAUGAUUCUCAUGAAGAUGACAUGGUUGACGAGCAUUCCAAUUCCUUUAACUGGAAUGCUUUGUCGAAGUCCCGAGAGAUCAAGGCGGGCAAUUUGACAAUCGUCGGUCUUCUGGAGAGAAUUUCCGUUACGACUGAGUUCAGCUCUUCAGGUCCAAAGAUUCGUCACAUCCUCAAACGCCUGUGGCAAAAGCGCCCUCGCACCUAUCACUCUGCGACUGCCUCUCUUAGAUUCCCCUUCGAUAGAAUCGACACCAACUCCCCUGCAAUUGAUGCAGACGGUGAAAAAGAGAACAAGAAGAAACAGGCUAUGGAGCGACAAGCCAAGGUCAUGGCCCAGUUCCAGCAGCAACAGCAACAAUUCUUGAGCAGCCAGGGUAAUAUUGAUUGGGGCGAAGAAGACUUCAGUGACCUCGAGUCUGACAAUGAGGCUGCCCCGGAAAAGAAACUCUGGAAGUAUCCCAGUGGAACUUGUAUCUUGUGUCAAGAAGAGACCAAUGAUUCUAGACUGUAUGGUACAUUUGCAAUGAUCCAAGACAGCACAAUCCUGCGACAGACCGACAUCCGGGAUUCUGACAGAAUUCGCGAGGCACUCAAAACUCCCUCGAGUCUAGACAGAUCCGCGGAGGAAAUCCGGCCCUUCGGUGUGGCUGGAGAGAACCACACCACGGUCAAGCGACUUGACUCUUCUGGAGGUGAAGUCAUUAGUGAAAAGAUUGGGUUAAGCAAAGGAUUCAACGCAAAGAGCACUCUGCGUGGGCCUGUCACUACUGGCUGUGGUCACAUCAUGCACUACUCCUGCUUUGAAGCGUACUGUGGAGCAACCCAACGGCGACACACCCAGCAGAUUGCGCGCAAUCACCCUGAGAACACGCUUCUUAAGGAGUUCGUUUGUCCUCUCUGCAAGGCCCUUGGUAACGCAUUCCUUCCUAUUACCUGGAAGGGUAAGGAAGAGUCCUGUCUUGUGCCACUCCAAGAGUCCGAAUCAUUCGAUCAGUAUAUGAAUUCAAGCCUUAAGCAUGCUUUGAAUCAACAACAGAACUUCCCAGUUCUCAUGGAGAAGGAGAAAUUCCUCCCACAGCCAUAUACAGACCUUUUUAUUGACUACCUCUCCAAGACUCUGGUCCCGCCUCUCUCGGCAAAGAUCGACCAACUAAUGGCCUCGUCCUUCCCCGCAACUGCAGCUGCGCAGUAUAUUGCGUCGGCCCGCAUGCCAAUGCCAGGGAUCUUCCCUCCCACCGAGGACCUUUCGCCGUCCAGUCCCCUUCAGCAGGUUUCGAGUCCUUCUGAUAGCCCCAUGUCGGAAUUGCUUCAAAUAUACAGGCGGCUCAAGAAGACGAUCAAGAUGAAUCAUAUCAGCUCGAUCUUCAGCAACACCCCGGAGGCGAUCAACAAUGACGAUCUUGUAUUCACUGACUCCUUGAUCCGCAGCUUUGGCUUCAGUAUCUCUUCUGUUGAGAUCGCGCAGCGUGGCGUCGAGUCUGAGCCGGGUUCGACCUUGCUGGACAAGAUUCCCCCGCUGACGUUGACCCACCUCCGCGUUCUAUCGGAGACUGCAAUGACCUACGCCGCUGUUGGAUGUCUUCACUCGACGGGAUCACCCAAACUCCGUACAACAAAUGAGUUCCAGGAGAUGCACCGACAGAAGAUUUGCCAGCUGCUUGUCGGCCACCCUUGUUUGAGUGGCACUCCCCUACUCAACGACGUCCGUAAUAUUGAGCCACUGCUCGGUGUGGACACCUUCGUAUUCCUAGCCGAAGCGUCGUUGUCUCUGCUUCCAGUUCUCAACAUGGACAUUCGCCAUCUUGUCCACAUGUGCUAUGUGGCCGAGAUUGUCAAGGUCGCGGUCACCUUCAUCCUUUGGCCAAUCGGCCUGAAGGAGGAGCUUUCUAACCACCCCGAAGAUCACGCCUCGGAUCCGACAGUAUCCGAAGGGCAAUUUGGAGUGACCAAGCAAUUCUUCGACUCGAUCGUUGCUGAACUCAAGGCAAACUCGGUCGGACGUGCCGAGGGCUCUUCCUUCCCUGCUGAGAGUGGCUAUGUCAAGGAUGGAGAAGAGACUGCCACCCGCAGUGUCAUUUAUGCUGUCCGCCGACUCAUUUCGAGCUAUGGUUUGGCCUUCCUACGCAAGGCUGUCAUCCUUCUUCACGUCCAGCACGGCGUCGAGUUCCCGAACACCGGCUUCGUUGACGUCGAUGCAUCGGAGCUUGACCGCCUAACCAAGGCACUUCAACUGCCCUCCCUCGAUGAGAUCCUCAUGUCCAUCAAGCCCGCUCGCAAGAGCAACAGCCCCUUCGACGCAGUCGUAUCUGGUUGGAUCUUCCACUGGAAUGCCUCGCGCUCAGGUAUCCGCUUCGAAGACCACCGCCUCUGGCCGAGUCUUUCACACCCGGCCAUCUUCGAGCUCGUCGGUCUACCCAAGUACUUUGACAGCCUAAUCGAAGAGGCAAACCGUCGCCGAUGCCCCAACUCCAAAAAGGAACUCAGUGACCCUAGCGUCUGUCUGUUCUGCGGAGACAUUUUCUGCUCACAGGCUGUAUGCUGCAUGACCAACAAGCUUGGUGGCUGUAACCAGCAUCUUCAGAAGUGCGGCAAGAACAUCGGUCUUUUCCUCAAUAUCCGUAAAUGUACCGUGCUCUACCUCCACAACACGAACGGAUCCUGGAACUUCGCACCCUACCUCGACCGCCACGGCGAAGCUGAUCCCGGUCUCCGUCGUAACCGCCAACUCAUCCUAAAUCACAAGCGGUACGACCGUCUGCUGCGUGAUGUCUGGUUGUCUCAUUCCAUCCCUGCUACUAUCAGCCGCAAGCUGGAAUCGGAGAUUAACAAUGGCGGCUGGGAGACCAUUUAA